AUGCCACCAGAAUUAGAAUGGAAGAUUAAUGACAUGUGUGAGUUUAAAAAUCCAAAUGAUAAUCGAUGGUAUUUGGGAAAGAUUAUCAAUCAAGAUUUAAUAGAAUUAGUUAUAGAAAUUCCUGAGCUUAUGCAACAAUGGAAAGUUAUAAUUCAACAUUGCAAUGGUUUUCUUCAGCCAUUAUACAAUAUUCAAGAACUUUUAGCAAAUCACAAAACAAUUAAUCCUAUAACUGAUGGUGAACGUCUUCAUACCUUAAAAGAAAUUAAUAUGCUCGAAGGACUUUUUGGUACAAUCCGUGAACUUGGUGGAGAUUCUUCUACACACACGCUUAAGUCUUAUGGAUAUUCUUUAAACAAAUAUCAAUUAUUCAUCAUUAUUUUCUAG